GUCCUAAUUGCUGUGCGGAAUAGCAUUUCGGUUACUCAUCAGCCACAUCUUCAAAGUGAUGCUGAGGAUUUGUGGGUCACCAUAUUCGACCAUCAUCAUGGUUGGAAAAUACACAUCUGCUGUGUCUAUCUACCACCAAGGGACAACUCGGCCAGAAUGUGCUUCACCACUAAACUGCAGAACAAUUUUGAUCAUCUGUCAGGUGAAGCAAUGCUUAUAUACGGUGACUUCAAUUUUCCGCACAUUGAGUGGACUUCCAAUUAUGCAAAAAUGCAGAUAUUGGUUCUUCUGAUACCUCUUCAUCUUGCCCUGAUAAACCAAUGUUUUGGUCUUCCCGAUAUUAUAAGAAUAGGAGGCUUAUUCCAUCCUGCGGAUGACAAGCAAGAACUAGCCUUCAAAUAUGCUGUUGAAAAAAUUAACAGUAACCGAUCCAUAUUACCCAGAUCCAAAUUGAGUGCCCAGAUUGAGCACAUGCCACCUCAGGAUAGUUUUCAUGCAUCAAAAAAAGUGUGUCAUCUUUUGAGAAAUGGUGUAGCAGCUAUAUUCGGACCACAGUCUGCACACACCGCAAGCCACGUGCAGUCAAUAUGUGAUACUAUGGAAAUACCACAUUUGGAAACGAGAUGGGACUAUAGACUCCGUAGAGAGAGUUGUUUAGUUAAUCUUUAUCCUCAUCCUACGACACUUUCAAAGGCCUAUGUGGAUCUAGUGAAAGCCUGGGGAUGGAAAUCGUUUACAAUAAUAUACGAGAAUAACGAAGGUUUAGUAAGACUUCAAGAGUUACUCAAAGCCCAUGGUCCAUAUGAAUUUCCAAUAACAGUGCGACAACUUAACGGUGGAACAGAUUACAGGCCCCUUCUGAAGCAAAUCAAGAAUUCUGCAGAAUCGCAUAUCGUUCUCGAUUGCUCGACAGAAAGGAUAUAUAAUGUUCUGAAGCAAGCACAACAAAUCGGCAUGAUGAGCGACUACCAUAGUUAUCUGAUCACAUCAUUGGAUCUUCACGCAGUUGAUCUUGAAGACUUCAAACAUGGUGGCACUAACAUCACAGCUUUCCGUUUAGUGGACCCUCAGAAUGCUGAUGUAGAAAACGUAUUGAAAGAAUGGAACACAAAUGAAAUGAAACCUUCUUCGGGGGAAAUGACGAGUGCUAUCAGGUCAGAAACAGCUCUAAUGUAUGAUGCGGUCCACCUUUUCGCCAAAGCUCUGCAUGAUUUGGAUUCUAGUCAACGGAUAGAUAUAAAACCAAUGAGUUGUGAUGCUGUAGACACCUGGCCCCAUGGUUAUAGUUUGAUAAACUAUAUGAAAGUGGUAGAAAUGAGAGGAUUGACAGGAGUGAUAAAAUUUGAUCAUGAAGGAUUCCGUAGUGACUUUGCAUUAGAUAUAAUUGACCUAACCCGCGAUGGACUGAGGAAAAUUGGUACAUGGAAUUCAUCAGAAGGUGUAAAUUUCACCAGAACUUAUGGAGAACAAUAUACUCAAAUUGUGGAGCUCAUUCAAAACAAAACAUUUAUUGUCACAACAAUACUGAGUGCCCCAUACGUUAUGAGGAAAGAAGCAAGUGAAAUGCUAUCAGGCAAUGCCCAAUACGAAGGCUAUGCUGUAGACCUAAUUCACGAGAUAUCUCGAUUAUUAGGAUUCAAUUACACAAUUCGAUUGGCACCAGAUGGACGAUAUGGUUCUUAUAAUCGCGAAACUAAAGAAUGGGAUGGCACCAUACGUGAACUUCUGGACCAAAGAGCUGAUCUGGCCGUUGCCGAUUUAACGAUUACAUAUGAAAGAGAACAAGCAGUGGAUUUCACAAUGCCGUUUAUGAGUCUCGGUGUGAGCAUCCUGUAUAGAAAGCCCAUCAAGCAACCACCUAAUCUAUUCUCAUUCCUAUCGCCAUUAUCACUUGAUGUUUGGAUUUAUAUGGCAACUGCAUAUCUUGGUGUAUCUGUAUUGUUAUUUGUGCUGGCAAGAUUCACACCAUAUGAAUGGCAAAAUCCACAUCCAUGUAAUCCAAAUCCAGAUCAGUUAGAGAAUCAGUUCACGCUAUUCAACUGUAUGUGGUUCGCUAUAGGCUCAUUGAUGCAACAAGGCUGUGAUUUCUUACCAAAGGCGGUUUCAACCAGAAUGGUUGCAGGAAUGUGGUGGUUCUUUACAUUAAUCAUGAUAUCUUCAUAUACUGCUAAUUUAGCAGCUUUUUUGACUGUGGAACGAAUGGACUCUCCGAUCGAGGGUGCGGAAGAUUUGGCAAAGCAAACAAAAAUCAAAUACGGAGCUUUGAGAGGAGGCUCAACGGCUGCAUUUUUCAGAGAAUCUAACAUAUCCACUUAUCAGCGGAUGUGGUCUUUCAUGGAAUCACAAAAACCCACAGUAUUCACUACCAGUAACAUGGAAGGCGUUGACAGAGUUAUCAAGGGUAAAGGAAGUUAUGCCUUUCUGAUGGAGUCAACAUCCAUCGAGUAUGUCAUCGAAAGGAACUGUGAACUGACCCAAAUUGGUGGGAUGUUAGAUUCGAAAGGCUAUGGUAUUGCCACUCCUCAAGAUUCACCGUUUCGAAUGGCAAUUAGCGGGGCUAUAUUGAAGCUCCAAGAGGAGGGUAAACUACACAUAUUGAAAACAAGGUGGUGGAAAGAAAAACGUGGCGGUGGAAAGUGCAGCAGAGACGAAGUUCUGAAAACGAGUAGUACUGCGAACGAACUUGGACUUGCAAACGUUGGCGGUGUCUUCGUCGUCCUCAUGGGUGGCAUGGGAGUAGCAUGUAUAAUAGCUGUUUGUGAAUUUGUUUGGAAAUCUAGAAAAGUGGCAGUGGAAGAACGAGUGAGCAGUAUCUUGAGGGACACUUAGCGAAAAGUGUGAACGGGUCACCCAUGUGAUUUGAAGAAGUGACAAUGAUUUUUCAUUGCCUAUAUCAAUUGAAAUAAUAGUAGAAUUAUAUAACUGAUAACAUUUCAUCAUUGAUUUUUCGAUUCUUGUAAGAUAAUUUGUCAAAUCAGGAUUUUUGAAAAUAUGGACGAGAUUGUAUUAAUUACAUGUAAUAUAAUUCGAAAUCGUUAUUCCCUGAUUUCUCGACAAUGAUCCGAAAUAAAAAGGAUUCAAUUUUUUUA